UCCGGAGAAUGUGACUGUGAAGGAUGUGGAUGAUAAGGAAUCUGCUCCUCAUCAGGUUGCUGAGGAAAAUGAGAUCAGAAAGAGAAUCAAUGCUGUGAAAAUGAUGUUGAGCUCCAUGGAAGAUGGAGAGAUAUCCAUCUCAGCUUAUGGCACAGCGUGGGUUGCUCUCGUUAAAGCUGAUGAUGGGUCUGAUUCUCCUCAGUUUCCUUCAGCUCUCGAAUGGAUUGCCAACAAUCAGCUCCCUGAUGGUUCAUGGGGUGAUGCUCUUCUGUUCUCAGCCCAUGACAGAAUCCUUAACACAUUAGCUUGUGUUAUCGCAUUGACUUCUUGGAAUCUUCAUCCCAAUAAGUGCCAGAAAGGAAUGAAAUUUUUCAAUGAAAACCUGAGCAAGCUCGAGGAUGAGAAUGCUGAGCAUGUGCUAAUCGGCUUUGAAGUUGCUUUCCCUUCACUUCUUGACUUAGCUCGAAGUUUGAACAUUGAAGUGCCCAAUGAUUCUGAUUCUCCUUACUUGAAGCGCAUCUUUGAGAUGAGAGACCUCAAGCUCAAAAAAAUACCGAGGGAUAUGAUGCAUAAAGUGCCCACAACGCUGCUCCAUAGCUUGGAGGGAAUGCCAAAUUUGGAGUGGAACGAGCUUCUGAAACUGCAAUCCCAGGACGGUUCCUUCUUAUUCUCCCCAUCUUCUACUGCUUAUGGCCUCAUGCAUACCAGAAGUGAAGCUUCUCUCAAAUACUUGGACAGAAUCACCAAGAGGUUCAAUGGGGGAGUUCCCAAUGUGUACCCAGUUGAUUUGUUUGAGCACAUUUGGGCUGUUGAUCGGCUGCAACGCCUUGGAAUUUCCAGAUAUUUUCAGCAAGAGAUCAAGGACGUUAUCACUUACAUUUAUAGGCAUUGGAAUGAGAAGGGUAUUUGCUGGGCAAGAAAUUCAGACGUUCAAGAUAUUGACGACACGGCAAUGGGAUUUAGACUACUGAGGUUGCAUGGCCACCAAGUUUCAGCCGACGUGUUCAAGAAUUUUAAGAAAAAUGGAGAAUUCUUCUGCUUCGCGGGGCAGUCAACAACAGCUGUGACAGGAAUGUUCAAUCUGUACAGAGCUUCUCAGGUGCUGUUUCCGGGGGAGAACGUACUCGAGGAUGCCAUGCAAUUCUCAGCCAAGUAUUUAACCCAGAAACGUGCUGAGAAUCAGCUCCUUGAUAAAUGGAUCAUAAUGAAGGAUUUACCUGGCGAGGUGGGUUAUGCAUUGGACGUGCCGUGGUAUGCAAGCUUGCCGAGAUUGGAAACAAGAUGCUACAUUGAUCAGUAUGGUGGUGAAGAUGAUGUCUGGAUUGGCAAGUCCCUUUACAGGAUGCCAUACGUGAACAAUGAGGUUUAUCUGGAACUUGCAAAAUUAGAUUACAACAAUUGCCAGGCUUUGCAUUUUAAAGAAUGGGGCGAAAUCCAAGGGUGGUACUCCGAAAAUGGACUGGAGGGGUUUGGAUUAAGCAGAGAAGUUCUUCUUGCUGCUUAUUUUGUAUGUGCGGCAAGCAUAUUUGAGCCUGAGAGAUCUCAAGAGCGACUUGCAUGGUCUAAAACAGCAGUUUUAGUUGAGACAAUCUCGUCCUUCAUUGACGAUGAAGAAACUAGGAGAACCUUUGUGCAGAGAUUCAAUCUCGGCAUCAAUGAACAAGAUUCCUCAAUAUUCAUGGAGUCAAACGAGAAAAGGGCAAAAGAAAGACUAGUGGAAGUUUUGCUUAGGACCAUUGACAGCCUUGGCUCGCAGACGUCCUUGCCGCGUGGUCAUGAAGCCGUCCGUGAUUUGCGUCAGGCCUGGCAAAGAUGGAUGUCAAGUUGGGAAAGGGAAGCAAACAGGCCCCAGAAUGAAGCAGAGCUGAUGGUGCAAGUGAUGAAUUUGAGCGCUGGCUAUCGCCUAGAAGAGCUACAGUUGAAUCCUCACUAUCAAAAAUUGAUGGAAGUCACUAAUUCAGUUUGCAAUAGCCUCCGCAAUUACCAAUCCAGCAAGGCUCAUGGAAGCAGCCACUGGAGUACACACUGCAGCACUACACCCGAAAUAGAAUCAGAAAUGAGAGAGCUUGUUGAAUUGGUGCUUCAAGUCCAGAAUCCUCCAAAUGCCAUGGAAUACAAUAUCAACAACAUAUUCUUUGCUGUUGCGAGGGCUUACUACUACGCAGCCUACUUUGAUGCAGAGACCAUCAACUCUCAUAUUGCCAAAGUUCUCUUUCAUAGAGUGAUGUAA